AUGGGCUUGAAUGUCCCACGCUACCACUCCGGGCUGAGAGCCGCCUUCUACCGUGGUGGCACCAGCAGAGGGCUCAUUGUCACGGCGAGCCACUUGGCGGCGUAUGAUCAGGCGACGCGAGACCGCAUCCUCUGCGCAGCAAUGGGCUCGCCAGAUCCAGACGGCAGGCAGAUCGAUGGCCUCGGCGGUGGCGCUUCGUCCCUCUCAAAGAUAGCAAUCAUCAACGCACCAGGGCGAGGCUUCGUCAAGACGGCCGCAGAGGCUGGGAAUCCGCUGCCAGGCGUAGAGUGGGCAGACGAUUUCACACAAGCCCGCGAUCGGAGGACAGGGUGGGACGUCGUAUAUCGCUUUGGUCAGGUGCCCAUCAAAUCUGGCACCACAGUCGACUGGUCGACAACAUGCGCCAACCUCGUCGCAGCUGUCGCUCACUCAGCCGUCAGGAGUGGGAAUGUCAAUGGCAAACGCAUCGACCAACACUUGCUCCGAGAGGGCCACGCUAUCACCGAUGAGUUUCGCUUUCCAUUGCGAAUCCUCUGCGCAAAUACGGGGGGCCGCUUUACCGCACAUGUACCCGUUGCUAGAGCUGGAUCGCUGUGGCAGCCAGUGGAUGUAGGAUCAGCGUCCAUUUCCGGCGUACCGGGGACGGCGCCUUCAACCAUCGUUGAGACGCCUCUCGACGGACCUGUUCUGCUACCCACGGGCAACCCAAGAGAUGAAGUCACCCUACCUGACGGCUCGACGAUUGCCGUCUCUAUCGUCAAUGCGGGUCUGCCCAUCAUCUUCGUCCGCGCCUCAGACUUUGGCGUCGACUUCAACAAGCUCACCUCUCACCCAGCUGACUUAGACAGCGACGGGGCAUUGGGCGCGAGGGUGGAGGAGCUGAGGAAAGCAGCAUCGCAGCUCUGUAGCGAGCUCAGGCAGCUCUACUUCCCUGGAUCGGCCUCUCCCAAAGUCUGCCUCUUGCAUCGCCGUGCAGCUUAUAAGUCCACGGGUGGCACGGACGUCACCGAGGACUCCAACGACAUUGUGGCUCGUGCGAUCAGCGUAGGGCAAUUCCAUCGUACAAUUCCAGCGACGGUGCUCAGCGCCUUGGGAGUCGCGUCUGGCUUCAAGGAGACGACAGUAUCUGAGAUCAUCCGCGAGGGGAGCAGCGACACGACCGCUCUAACCCCCAAGUGGGCCAAGGAGCUCAACAAGGGCAAGCGCGGGCUCAUCCGCUUCCUGCGCGUAGGCCAGCCAGCAGGUGUGUCUUCGACAUGCAUCCGAGUGCCCGCCGGGGCUUCGCAGCCAGACGCCAUCCUUAUGGAGCGCACAGCCAAGCUCAUCAUGAACGGCGAUGUCUCCAUCCCAGCGCAAUUGAUG